AUUACUGCUAAUAGGAGGGUCAGUAUUUAUAGAAGAUCCCCCCUGGUGGAUAGGAUACCCCUAAUCCUGCCUCACCCAUUUUCAUCCCUGCCUCAUCCCUGCGCCUGGACCGCUCUGCGUCUGCAGCACCAGCCUCAUCCUCGCCCCAAAUCAGCAGAGCUCCGAAAGACAAACGACAAUGUCCACCAGCGAGCGCUUUGACUGCCAUUACUGCAAAGACUCCCUGCUGGGGAAGAAGUACAUAAUGAAAGAGGACACGCAGUACUGCACUAAGUGCUAUGAGAACCUGUUUGCUAACUGCUGUGAGGGCUGCUCUUUAGCAAUUGGCUGCAACUGCAAGGACCUGUCCUACAAGGACCGUCACUGGCACGAGCAGUGUUUCAAGUGUGCCAAGUGCAGCCGCUCUCUGGUGGAAAAGGCUUUCGCUGCCAAGGAUGAGUUGCUGCUCUGCACAGAAUGCUACGCCAACGAUUACUCCUCCAAGUGCACCACCUGCAAGAAGACCAUCAUGCCAGGUUCCCGCAAAAUGGAAUACAAGGGGAACAGCUGGCAUGAGACCUGCUUCCUGUGCCACCGCUGCCAGCAGCCAAUAGGAACCAAGUCCUUCAUCCCCAAAGACUCCGGGUACUACUGCGUGCCGUGCUUCGAGAAGCAGUUCGCCUACCAGUGCUGCGCUUGUAAGAAGGCCAUCACGACAGGUGGAGUGACCUACCAGGACAAGCCGUGGCACCGCGAGUGCUUCCUGUGCAUCGGCUGCAGAAAGCAGCUGUCGGGUCAGCGCUUCACCUCCAGGGAGAACUACCCCUACUGCCUCGACUGCUUCGGCGACCUCUACGCCAAGAAGUGCGUGGGCUGCAGCAGGCCCAUCGCCAGUCUGGCGGGGGCGAAGUACGUCUCCUACGAGGAGCGCCAGUGGCACAGCGAGUGCUUCACCUGCACGCAGUGCUCCGUGUCGCUGGUGGGACGCGGCUUCCUCACCCAGCGGGACAACGUCUUGUGCACCGACUGCGGCCGGGAGAAGUGACCCCCUCCACUGUAAAGCACAUGGGUUUGGCUAAUGCCACGUGCUACAUGCUAAACGCUAAAUGCUAGACUUUGGUGUUAUAAAUGUUCUCUCACACUACCCACGCACGAAAAGGUCGAUUUCACAAACACAAUAAACAAGAGACUGUG